UUUGAUUACCGAGCAAGAUUUACUUCGUGCAAAUGCUGUACAAGUUUUGCGACGAGCAGCCACAGAACAAGGAAAAUGAUGGGCAGAUUUUCUUUGUUGGUGUUAUCGAGUCUCGUCACGUGGUUUGCUAUGAAGCCGUCGCUUGCUACUCCUUUGGCCGUCGUAGCUCCCUUGGCAGAUAUUGAACAAUAUACUCACGUCGAUGAAGAAGACUUGGCUUUGGAGAGAGGUGAACGGGACAUUGGUUCUGGAGAUGGUUACGAGCUUAGGACACUGAGAAAACCAGAGAUCACAAAGUUGCAGAUUAAAGGCGCUGUUACUUCCCGAUUCUCCAGUACCACAGUAACCAGUAUAUUGAAGAACCGUGCCGAUGAAGCAACGGAAGCUGUCUUUAUUAUUCAACUUCCAAAUGAGGCGUUCAUUGCUAACUUCUCAAUGGAAAUAGAUGGCAUUGUUUAUACUGCCGAGAUCCAAGAAAAAGAAGAGGCUCAGAAGAUCUACAACAGAGCUAGAAGCAGUGGCCGUAGUGGAGGACACGUUAAACAAGAGUCGGAGGAUGUAAAUAUUUUCUCUGUGUCGGUUACCGUGGCCAAGAAAAACUUCGUUACGUUUGAACUGGUAUACCAAGAGAUGUUAACGCGUAAAAAGGGUUAUUUUGAGCAUAUAACCAGUAUUCGUCCGGGUCAGAUUGUUAAAAGUAUGCAUCUGCAAGUGGCAAUUAUUGAAACUCAGGGUCUGAAAGAAGUGAACACAAGCUGGUGGAAAGAGCAAGCUAAUGGAGAGAAGAUUACAAAACACGGUAUUGGCGAGAUAAUAUUAAAAGGUAGAAAUACUAGAGCUUUCAUUGAAUAUGCGCCAACUGUUGCAGAACAGCAUCAGGAUUCGGAGGAUGGCAUUAAAGGAGAUUUCGUUAUUCGUUAUGACGUUAACCACCCAAACAGCGGAGGAGAACUUCAAGUUGUGAAUGGAUACUUUGUGCAUUACUUCUCUCCAGAAGGCCUACCAGUAGUUCGAAAAAACGUCGUCUUUAUCAUUGACAUCAGCGGGUCAAUGCGUGGAAGAAAGAUACAGCAAACUAAAGAAGCAAUGUACACUAUUCUGGGUGACCUGCGAGACAUAGAUUAUUUUAAUAUCGUCACUUUCACAGUUUCCACAAAUCAUUGGAAAAAUACACUUCAACAAGCAACUCCCGAAAAUGUCCGACAGGCGAAGAACUUUGUUUCUUGUCUAGCGGCCGGCGGUGGAACGGAUUUACAUGAGAGUCUGAUAGAUGGUGUCAGACUCCUAGACAGACUUACGGAAAAUGCAACCGAUAGCAUGCAUGGAAUUUCUAUGUUAAUAAUGCUGACCGAUGGACAACCAACAUCUGGAGUAACCGACCUCGAAGCAAUUGAAAGAGACGUGGAGCGAGAAAUAGACGACAAGUAUUCGCUUUUCAACCUUGGCUUUGGUGAGAAUGUCGAUUACGAAUUUCUUGAGAAGUUAGCUAUGAGAAAUAGUGGCCUGGCGCGGAAGAUUUACGACGAUUCAAAUGCAAACUUGCAAUUGGUGGGGUUCUUUGAAGAAGUUGCAACAGCGCUUCUUUAUGAUGUCGUUUUCGAUUACCCAGAAGAACUAGUAGAGACAGACAGCUUAACGCAGACUGUUUUCCCAAAUUAUUUCCAAGGUACUGAGCUUGUGGUAGCCGGUAAGCUAAAGCCAACUAACAUUACCAACGAAAUUCUUGAAAUGACAAUCGCUGCAAAUUCCGUCGACGUUGCUAUAGAAUUUCCACUUAGAGUCGAAACAGAGAAACCACCCGAAGCACUCCUUAAUAAACAUGCAAUUGAUGAUUUUGCUAAGCAUCUAUGGGCGUAUUUGUCGAUUAAAGAACUGUUACAGCGUCGUGAUAUCAGUAAUAGCGGCGCUGAAAAAGAAGAAUUGAAACAACAGGUUCUCGAACUAUCUCUUGAGAAUCACUUAGUCACUCCACUGACGUCUCUAGUUGUGGUUAAGCCAGAAGAAGAUAAACCAGAAUACAUUGCAUCGAACGGAGAGUUACAAGCGGACGACGUUGGAGCAGGAGGAAUUCCACCUUCUUCGAGUUUGUCGAUGGGAAUGCCAAUGAAAUUUCAAAUAAAACCAACUAAAAAAAUAAUGAAACCAACUAAAAAAACAACCAAAAAAGCUAAGACAAAAAUAAUUGUGUUAGUUCGUGAUGUCAGCGACGAGUUCUGGGUCAGAUCUGUUGUCCUGUUCAUUUGCCCUUUGACGCUUGGUAUCGCUGUUACGGGGACAAUUGUCGAGGAGCCAUUCAUCCGACCUGAAAAUCUUCGAAAGCGUUCCUACUUUGGAGAAGUAACCUUUGUAAUUGGAAAUAAAACGAUAAUCGUGAGCCCAUCGCAGAUAACUUUCGACGAAGUCUACAACUUCAGAUGGGAUUAUGACGUAGCCAUCGGUGAUCCGGAUUUAUCGAUUAGCAUUGUGAACAAACGAUUUGCCCGUGUCAAUAUCCAACCGAAUAUCACUUUAGUUGCAAUGCGACAUGCGGUGACCGGCAACAACAUCAUGAAGGUCGGGUACAUGGGAGUGUACAUUGAAAACGGACAGGGAUUGUCAGACGAUGUUCAUGGAUUGAUUGGACAAUUUCGAGACACCAAGAUGUCGAUUGACAGCAACAGCAUCCGGGUCAAUGACCAGUUCGACGUCAGUGCUACGCUAAAUGUGAAAUCUCGUAAAGUGCCCGUCACUAAGCAAUAUCGUAUGAUACCUGCGCUCGCGCAGAAACAGCCAUGUUGGUUCGCAGGCAGCAACGCAGCUGGAUUAAUCGACGGCAGCCAUGUUGACUACUUGGAGAAGACCACAUCGUAAACGCAUUUUCAAUUCGAAAAUGUAGGCCUCUAUAAUGGAAAUAACAUUUUUCUAGAUAGCAAUUAUAAUAAUUUUUGUGAAAGAACUUACGAAAGAAUGAGAUACUAUAAACUGUACACUACAAUCGAUUAUAUGCUACUAUUAGUUUAAACGUUAACGCCACAAAAACAAUUCCGUGGAGGAUCAGAGAGUUGUAAAUGGGGCGCCCACCCCCCAGCAGCAGCAAAAAACUUUAUUUCGUAAGCCUUAAACCUUAUUAAACGGGCUUUUUAAAAAUCAUGAACUUUCAGUGGAUGUAUUCCCUCAACUACCAGAAGAUUAAUGCAACACUUUUCAUCACUCAGACACUUACCAUAAACAUUGGAUUGACACCCCGCGCCUCCCCCUUUCCUCCGGGAAAAAUAUCGUGUACCCACGGAUUCCCUGCGAAUGGAAGCCGAUUUAGGCAUAAUAGGAUUAUCCGGUUUAAAAAACACGUCGUACUGCAAAAAUAAUACAUACAGUAGGCUAUAUGGGGGCUUGCCAAUCCAAGCCAAGUAUCAAUGACCACAAAUUGAAAAUUUACUUUUCAAUUAUGCAUAGACCUAUUCUCCAUAUUCGUCACUGGAAUCGAUGUAAUUGAUGAGUAAAUAAAAAAAUGGUUUCUCUGUACUAGAAUAUACUUCCACAUUAUUAUGCUAAUUACACAGUUUUCAAUGUUUAUUAUGUUUAAUAAAGAAUUUUGUCAUUGGUACACACUGGAUAGUUUUAUACACGAAACAAGAAAAAUAAAUAAUUGAACUAUACACCAACUGUUGGUGACCAAGGCAGCAUUAUGCAAUAAACGUUAACGAUAAAAGUGAAUUCGAAGCUAUAUGUA